AAAAUCGACCGAUUCUUUCAACAAACAGUGUUCGCAACCGGCAAAAUGAAAUUGGCAGUAGUGACCCUCCUAGCUUGCGCUUCUCUUGCCUACGGCAGGAGUUUCAACUUCGAAGAGCAUUUAGAGGAUAUCACUGCUUAUGGAUACCUGACAAAAUAUGGAAUCCCUCGCGCAGAAGAAAUCCGCCGGAUGGAAGAGGAAGAAAUUGCUCAAUCCAGAAUUGUCGGUGGUUCGUCUUCUUCCGUCGGCCAGUUCCCGUACCAGGCUGGUCUCGUUAUCACACUGCCUCGAGGCACGGCCGCUUGCGGCGGCUCCCUGCUCUCAAACCGCAGAGUCUUGACUGCCGCUCACUGCUGGUGGGAUGGCCAAAACCAGGCAUCGAGAUUUGUGGUUGUUCUUGGAUCUAACCGCUUGUUCAGCGGUGGUGUCAGACUCGAAACCAGGGACAUCGUAAUGCACGGAAGCUGGAAUCCCAAUCUUGUCAGGAAUGACAUUGCCAUGAUCAGACUGCCCAGCAACGUUGGCUUCAAUAACAACAUCAACGUCAUCGCUCUGCCGUCUGGAUCACAGCUGAAUCUGAACUUCGCUGGAGAGAGAGCCAUCGCUUCCGGUUUCGGUCGUACUAGGGAUGGUGCCAACAUCGACGGAAGCCUCAACCACGUCACUCUAGAUGUGAUCGCUAACAACGUGUGCUCCAGAACCUUCCCUCUUCUUAUCCAAUCAUCCAACAUCUGCACCAGCGGCGCCAAUGGCCGCAGCACAUGCCAUGGCGACUCUGGCGGUCCUCUUGCUGCCACCAGGAACAACAGGCCACUCUUGAUUGGUGUGACAUCUUUCGGUCAUCGUGAUGGUUGCCAGAGAGGCCACCCUGCCGCCUUUGCCAGAGUCACAUCCUACGACGCCUGGAUUAGGAGAAACCUUUAAAUCCGUUUUUAUAUAACCCAAUAAAAUUAAUAGCACAAUAAUCAAA